AUGAACAGUUCCUCUCCACACAAGCCCCGGCGCAGGGGCAAGAAGACAACCAGCAGCGGGAACGCGGCUAGUAGCAGUGUUGGCAACCCCAGCAUAGAGAGCCAAAUCCUCAAGAAGGAGGCUCUCGUCAAGGUGCCUGUCUUUCCUCUGGCCUCGUUUCUAUGGCCUGCCCGAGGCUCUGUGUCGCAAUGGGAGGUCCUACCCUUGAUUCUCAUGGUAGUCGGUCUAUUCAGAUGGGCAGCUGGACUCUGGGGAUACUCUGGCUUCCAGAACCCCCCCAUGUUCGGAGACUACGAGGCGCAACGGCAUUGGAUGGAGAUCACAACACAGAUCCCCGUGUCACAGUGGUACUUCCACGACCUCCAAUGGUGGGGGCUUGACUACCCGCCCCUGACGGCCUACCAUAGCUGGCUCUGUGGCAAGGUCGGCGCCCUCAUCGACCCGACCUGGUUCGAGCUAUACACCUCGCGAGGAUCCGACGACCCUAGCCUCAAGAUCUUCAUGCGAGCCACCGUUAUCGUCUCCGAAUACCUCAUCUACAUCCCCGCGGCCGUCAUCUUCGUUCGAAGAUUCUCCAGGAGCAGCAACGUACCUACCUGGACUGCUUGGAUGGCCCUCGUCGCAAUCCUGAUGCAGCCUGCCACAAUUCUCAUCGACCAUGUACACUUCCAAUACAACACGGUCAUGCUCGGCUUCGUGCUGGCAAGUAUGUCGAGCAUGCUGGCCGGCCGAUACCUCUGGUCCGCAGUUUUCUUCGUUGCAGCCCUCGGCUUCAAGCAGAUGGCCCUUUACUACGCCUUCUCCGUCUUCUCUUUCCUCCUGGGAAGCUGUGUUUUCCCUCUGAGGCCCGGCCGCUUCAUCGGCAUCGCGCUCGCCACCGUUGCGGCCUUUGCUCUCUUGAUUCUGCCCCUUGUUCUGGGCACCCUCUAUGACGCUCACCGGGGCAUCGACGCGCGACCUGACUAUGAGGGGCCGCCGCCUACGUUGCCCCUAUUUCCUUGGCUGACGGACCUUCUCGACACCAACGCCAUUUACUACCCGGUUGUCGAGCAACUCAUACAGAUGGUCCACCGCAUCUUUCCCUUCGCGCGUGGUCUCUUCGAGGACAAAGUCGCCAAUUUCUGGUGCGCCCUCAAUGUUGUAAUCAAGCUCCGCCAAUAUCCCACCGACCUUCUUCAGCGUGGCGCCCUUGCUGCCACACUGGCGUCAAUCAUCCCGCCCAACCUCAUUCUGUUCUUCCGGCCCCGUAAAUUACUUCUGCCGCUCGCAUUCGCAACAACAGCAUGGGGUUUCUUCCUCUUCAGCUACCAGGUCCAUGAGAAGAGCGCCCUUCUCCCUCUCAUGCCCAUGACGCUACUUCUCGCCGGCAAGCAAGGGCUGUCGCGAGACGUCAGGGCAUGGGUUGGAUUUGCCAACAUUCUAGGCGCGUGGACAAUGUUCCCCCUCCUCAAGCGGGUGGAUCUUGGCGUACCUUACGUUGUCCUCACUUUGCUCUGGGCCUAUCUUCUCGGUCUUCCACCCACCUCACUGAGCGCAUACUUCCAAGAGGACCAGGGUUGGAUGCGCCAGUGGGCAACAUUCCUUCUCCAUGGCGCGUUCUACGUCAUGAUGACUGCUUGGCACGUGGCAGAGAGGGUUGUGGUGCCGCCCGCGAACAAGCCUGACCUCUGGGUUGUUGCAAACGUUGGGAUCGGAGCAGUGGGUUUCGGUAUCUGCUACCUCUGGUGCCUGGCGCAGUUGGUCGCACAGAGUGACAUUCUGCCAACGCGGGGCAAUUCGAAGAACAAGGCGAAGAGCCAUUGA